CUCUUGGCCUGCUUGCUCUCACCACACUAGCCAGCUCAUUUCUUCAGUGACAUUAGAAACUACUUCUUCAGGAUUCUGGUACAUAUUGAAGAACACCUGAGACUUCAAACUUUGUGGACUAAAUCAACUUAAAUCUCGAAACUACCUCCAGCAGAAAUGUCAGGAGACAUGGAAGCCACAGGGUGGGGAUACACACAUAUCAGCGUUUACAACUUCUGCUACAAGUGGACCAUUAGCAACUUUUCAUUUUUCAUGGAUGGAACUAGGGAAAAGAUUACAAGCCCAAAAUUCUCACUGGAGGCCAGUGACAAAGUGGAAUGGUGUUUGAGGGUACACCCAAACGGAAGUGAUGAAGAAAGCAAAGAUUACCUGUCAGUUUACCUGGGGUUACUCCACUGUCAAAAGAGCCCAGUUUGGGCAAAGUAUGAGUUCUGGAUCAUAAAUUCCCAAGGAGAGAAAUAUCAAAGUAUGGAGAGGACAAAUGUCGUUAGCUUUCAAAAAAACCAAUACAGGGGAUUCAAAAAGUUUAUCCUACGAGAUUUCCUCCUCUCCAAUCCACCUUGGCUCCUCCCUGAAGACCAGCUUACCCUCUGCUGCCAAGUGAGCAUAGUGGGAACCUUCUUUAACACACCUGAACAGAACAUAACACCUGCAAUCAAGGAUCCAAGACACAUGAUUGCAGAUGACCUAGGGGAGCUGUGGGAGAAUUCCCUGUGCACAGACUGCUGCCUGUUUGUAGCUGGCCAAGAAUUCAGGGCUCACAAGGCCAUCCUAGCAGCUCGCUCUCCAGUUUUCAGAGCCAUGUUUGAACAUGAAAUGGUGGAGAGACUAACAAACCGUGUUGAUAUCAAUGACCUGGAUCCCAAAGUCUUCAAGGAGAUGAUGGGCUUCAUCUACACUGGGAAGGCGCCACACCUCCACAUUCACUCCAUGGCCUGUGAUCUGCUGGCAGCUGCUGACAGGUAUGGCAUGGAGGGCUUGAUGGUCCUAUGUGAGGAUGCCCUCUCAAGGAACCUCUCUGUAGAGAAUGCUGCACACACUCUCAUCCUGGCUGACCUCCACAGCACACAGCAGCUGAAGACUCAGGCCCUGGAUUUCAUUGCACUUCAUGCUUCUAAGGUCUGUGAGACCUCAGAGUGGAAGUCAAUGGUGGAGUCAAAUCCCCACUUGGUAGCUGAAGCAUUCCACUUCCUGGCUUCUGCACGGCGUUUUCUUGGAGUCCUCACUUAAACACCUAAAAUGAGUUUAGGGGAUGGACAGCUAUGACCAACAUCUGUCUUCCAACAGCUAUAACCAGUGUUGUUACCACUGAUUUCUGGUUAGAGUACAGUAUUGGUGGAACAUUUAUAGUGUGCCUGGGAAAAGGCAGCAUGGUGGUUCAGCAUUUAAAACAGCUGUUAUAUGUUAAAAUGGUGGGUUGGGGAUGGAGUCUGGGCAGUCUACUUGACAUCUACUUUGUUAAGGUUCUAGUAUGAUUUUUGUCUGAUGACUUGGAAAUUGGGAUUUAAUUUAGGUGCUGGCCCUAAGUACAGACAAUCCCGAGUUUCUUCAGAGAAACCUGUCUGCAUUUAGACUAUGUAGAAGAGAUGACUGGAGCCCAGAGCAAAGGAUAGAUCAAGCAUAAAACCUUGUCUGUUGGAACUUGCAGUGUGAUUUAUAAAAAGACAUACCAUAAAUAACCAUAUUAAACCUUAUCAAGACCUGUUUAGCCUUUGAAAUAUAGAUCAGGGUCCAUGUGGACUGAUGUGACAGAAUUUAAACUUCAAAUGCUCUCUAGUUUUGUUGUUGUUUUUGUUUUUUAAGUGGCUUUGGAAAAAUUAUACUAUAGUAGGUGUGGUAUUUCAUGCUCCUAACCCCAGCACUGAGGUAGCUACAACAAAAAGAUUAGUAGACCCCAUCCUGGGCUAACAGAGAAGAAAUUUACAUUAUGCGUUAUUAUGUCUGUUUAUGUGCCUUAUAUUAUUAUGAAAUUUAAAAAUUGAGUGCUGAGAAAGACUGAUGAAUUUUUCAUUUAAAUAUAUAAAAUUGUCACAGCAAGUUCCCCCUUCCCCUGAACCUUGUGACUUUCAAAAUUAUUUUUAUGAACAGCUGAGAGUGAAGAGUCCUCUCAGGACAGGAAAUGAACAUGUAUUGAGCCAGUGCAGGGCUGAGGAAAUGCAUGCUAUAUCCUUCAAAACAACUAUCUUGUAGGCCAUUCAACUAAUACAUUAUUAAUGUUGAAAAAAAUAAAUGACAGAAAUCCAAAAG